CCAACUGCGACGACCGCAGGAGGCCGUGCGAGGAUGAGUUUGGAGACACGAAGAUAAAAACAAGAGCGCUUCGUCUAUGCAGAAGAAAUAAGAGGGAGAAGCAAAAAACAAAACUGGCCGCUUCCACGUUUCCUGCCUCGGCAUCCACAUCAGCCGUGUGUGCGCGUGGCGUUGGCGGCGCUGUCGUAGGUUGUACUGCCCGGGCUGCUGUGUUGUGUCUCGCGCACUGUCGCGCUUUAUCGCCUGGUCACACUUCGCUGAAGAGAAGUUUUGCACUGUUUAGUCAGCCGUGAAGGGACUCCCUACGCGGCGAUCACAACGGCAGCGUCAUGUUGUUCAGGUUAAUCAAGUGCGCUUUCCGAUUCUUCAUCUACUUCCUAAUCGUUUUCCUCGCACUGCCGUUCAUCCCCCUUUCCCUGGACUUCGAGCCGGUUGCAUACAAGGUCACACUGCCUGAAUUCAAGGGCGCACUAGCCCCUAACCAGGCAUUGGAUAGUGUCGAGUACCUGUUCCCGAACCAGCUUGUGGGGCCUGAAUCUCUUGAGGCGCAUGGAGGCAGCAUCUAUACUGGUGUUGUUGGUGGACAGAUCUUGAAGCUGACUGGAACAAAGAUCACCCCUGUGGCCAAGUUUGGCAAGCAAUGUGAGGGGCCAUGGGAAGAGGGCGUUUGUGGUCGACCACUCGGUCUCCGCUUUGACAAGACGGGCAAGUUGUACGCCAUUGACGCAUACAGCGGCGUCAGUGUGGUGGAUGUUAAAAAAGGCUUCGUUACGCCAUUAGUGCCCAACGGCAUCGAUUUGGAUGGUCGUCCGCUGACAUUUCCCAAUGACCUGGUCAUCGACGCCGACGACAACAUCAUCUUCACCGAGACGAGCACGAAGUGGCCACUGAGGAAGAUUCUCUACUCAGUGCUCGAGCACGAAAACUCGGGACGCGUGCUUAUGUACGAGGCCAAGACCAAGCGCACCCACAUCCUGCUCGAAGACCUGCAUUGUCCCAAUGGCAUCGAGCUGGGGCCGGACGGUGACAGUAUCAUCAUCGCCGAGCUCACCAUGAACAGGCUGCUCAGGUACUACUACCGUGGCCCACACAAGGGCGACCUCAACGUCUUUGCGGACAACCUGCCAGGAGAGCCGGACAACAUUCGACGCACGCCACGAGGUGGCUACUGGGUGGCCUUCGCGUCGGGCCGCUCACGCGACAAGCUCUCAGUGUCGGACCGCCUGUCGGCAUACCCACUGGUGCGCAAGUCGGUCGUGCGUCUCCUCCACCUGCUGGGAUCGGCCCUCAAGUAUGCAUCCACCUUCUACAACUGGGUGCCCCUAAAAGAUGUGGCGUCUAGGAUCGACAAUGGCUGGAUCCUGUACGAGGCGGUUCCGAAGUACGGGCUCAUCGUGGAACUGGACGCUUCGGGCAAGGUCAUUCGCAGCCUACACUCGCCUGCGGGCAAGAUCCACCUCAUCUCCGAAGUCCUUGAGCACGACGGUCACCUGUACCUCGGAUCCUUCCGGAACCGUUUCAUUGGACGAGUCAAGGCAUCGAACGCCUCGGGGCGCAUUUCGAAGGAUCAGUUUUCCUUCCUCCAGCGCCGCUGCUGCGGUGGUGUUAUCUCUCGCCCCUCAAACCGGUCUCAGCAGCACAUCCUCACCUCGCGUAACUGCGCGCGCCACGCCGCCUGCCGCAUCGCCGGUCUCACGGUCAAACGCCAGAACGACAGCCGCAAUUGCGCUCAAGGUACACGCACCGAGGAAUCAAGUGGUUGCUCAGCCGCUGACAAGAUGGUCACGCGGACUUUCAAACCGAUCUUCAAGAUCACCGUGUACCUGCUCAUGUUUGUACUCGUCCUGCCUUUGAUUCCUAUGGCGUUGGACUUCGAGCCAAAUGAGAACACGGCUGGCAUGCAAGACCUCAAAGGGCCUUUAGAACCGAAUGAUAAGCUCGACCAUGUUGAAUACCUCUUCAAAGAUAAACUUCGUGGACCUGAAUCACUGCCAGUGUAUAAAGGUAGCAUUUACACUGGGACUGAGGGAGGCGAGAUUUACAAGAUCACUGGUGAUAAGGUGACGCUCGUCGCCAAGUUAGGCAAAAAAUGUGAGGGCAUGUGGGAAGAGGAAGUGUGCGGUCGGCCACUCGGAAUGCGGUUUAACAAAGACGGACGUCUCUUUGUCAUCGACGCUUACUAUGGACUGUACGCAGUCAACGUGGAGACUGGUUCUGUACAGCAUCUUCUGCCAUCUAGCACCGAAAUUGAAGGAAAGAAAAUUAUCUUCGGCGAUGACAUUGAUAUCGAUGAUGAUGGCUUUGUGUACAUCAGUGAAGCGAGUAACAAGUGGCCCCUCAAGAAGAUUGUCUACACUGUCCUCGAGCACGAGAACACUGGCAGGAUUCUCAAGUUUGAUCUCAAGACUGGGAAGACGACUGUGUUGAUGAAGGGCCUGUACCUGCCCAACGGAGUCCAGAUUUCCCAUGACAAGAAAAGCCUCCUGGUGUGCGAGCUCUCCAUGCACCGCAUCCUGAGGUACCACCUCAAAGGUCCAAAGCGGGGUCAGACUGAGGUGUUCGUCGACAAACUUCCAGGCUGGCCCGACAACAUUCGGCCCAGCAAGCGAGGCGGCUACUGGGUGGCCUUUGCGACGGGCCGCUCCUCCAACGACACGAGCUUCAUAGACUACCUCACCCCCUUGCCGUUUAUCCGCAAGGCAACCAUCCGCUUUGUCUACCUUGUCGGAACGGCAUUGAAGACGGCCUCCCGGUUCUACCCUAUGGCUGCCAUCAGUGACUGGGCAGCUCAGUUCGAGAAUGGAUGGGUUCUUUACGAGACUGUGCCACAGUACGGCCUGGUCGUGGAGCUGGCCGCCGAUGGUCGCAUCCUGAGGAGCUUCCACUCGCCCAAGCACAAGAUUCACCUGUUGUCUGAGGUGCUGGAGCACGAUGGUUACCUCUACCUGGGCUCCUACCGGAACCCGUUCCUGGGCAGGAUCAAGCUCUAGUCAUUGUGCUGCUUAACACACCUGCCCAUCACCACACCUUCGCGCACUCUCCAGAGGCACUGGCAACAGCAGUACUACCAUCCUCCAACACAUUCACAUACUCGCACCAGCAACUCUGAUGCAACAUAGCUCUCCAAAUAUAGACCACUGGUGCCAUCUACAGACACACAACCGCACGAAAAUGAGACAAGCUCGUGAAUAACUAACCAAGUGCGUGGCAGCAUCCAGAUAUUUCGAAGGUGCCUUACACUCCAUUUCUGAUAGUUUUUCGCAAUGCUUCCGUCGUUCAUCUAGCUCGGCACAGGUAGUCGGGCACGAUGGGAAGGGCGCCGUGUUGAGUGCUGACUGAUCGAGUAGCCAUGUUAUCGUAGGGAGCUUUCAGGGUUUAUUAUUCCUUCUCAUCUACUUUUGGAACUGCUUGCAGUUACUCAAAUUAGCAACUGUUGCCCUCAGUGUGAAAAACGGUCAACAAGUAUGAAAAAUGGCGUUAAUUUCAAUCUGUUCUAUGCUGAAAGCGCGGGGUGAUAUCACAGCUGCAUCUGUCAACACGGGUGCAAUGACCUUCAUAUCAUGUCCAACGAGUAUGCUUAUACCUUUGUACACCACGAGUAGGAGUACGAGCAGCGGAAUGAAGCACAGGAUGUUAGAUCAACAGUUGCGCCACACUCGACUAAACUAGUCGUUACAGACUGGUCAAGUGUGAUGCAGUCUUGCGACUGCAAAGUGUAAAAUGAAGGAAGCAGCAGUUGAAGAUUACGGUGCCUGCUGACGCCGAGAAAGAUGCCAGCUAGUCAGUUGACAUGCCUGACGGCAUCGCCAUAACGUCGUCUUGACCUUCAACAAAUUUGCUUACGUUUCUGAUCUAUUGCACGAUACUGACGUUUACAAAGUAGCUCUUCCAACGUGCUUUGUCACUGUUCUACUUUUGAGCUCAAGAAUGUAUGACCGACAAUGUUGCGCGUAUUGAAGCACAAGUUCCAGAAUGAAGAGCACUGUCAUGGCAAUCUUGUUCAACCGUGACAUGAACACACAUGCUGCCACAAUGUAAAGCUUGAAGCAGGCAGUUUCUGAUGCUUAGCUCAAAUCUCAUUGAGGCAGGUAUAAUCCAUGAACUCUUGCAUUUGGAAUAUGUAUUUUUACACUGUAGUAGCGCAAAUCUAACAAAGCCAAACUAAAACAAAUGCUGGCCACAAAUUUUUUAUAUCUGGGUGAGCUGGUUGCAUGCAUGUGGUGCAGAAUGUUGUGUAUGCUUGGGCUGUGUUCUCAGAUCACCAUUCAGGUCUUUGUUUCAUCUGAAGCAGUGUCUGUAGUGAAGUGGAGUUUAUUCAAUAUAUACAGUAAAACCUUGCUAAUAUGUAGUUGGUGGGGAACGUGGAUAAGGCACUGCACUAAGCGAUGUACUAAUUAACCGACAAUGGUAAAUGAGUGGCUAUAGGCUUGCUGCCCCCCCCCCCCCAAAAAAAAAGAAUUUUUCGCUAAACACACUCGCAGACAAGUUUAAUUUGCGAGCAGGCAUCAAACAAUCCGAUUUUCACUUGCCGCGGCAAUGGCAUCCUUAAACUCGGCAAAGCUGUAAGCCAGUUUCUCUAUCAGGCCCCACUUCUCUGCGAACGCCCUCAUGACAGUCAACGCACUAGCCGCAUCGGAUAUGGAAGGGCCAUCAUCCAUGUUGAUGAUGUGGAAGGCGCUAAAAGCUAUGGGAGCAGGAAAGAUGUCCUGGCUACUAUGUUUUGACAUCACUAUCGGUGGCGACUGCAGUUUCGGAAAGGUCCGUGUGCCACAAUUUCGCUAUCUAUGGUCUGCGCACAUGAUAUUUCGUCGAUUACAUGCCUGUACGUGCCAAAAAAAUACUACGCACUGUUUGGCAUGCGUUAAACAACUACAGCUUAAGCCGUUGGCCAUUACAUUAGGUCCAAUGGAGUAGGGCGGAGGAUUCAUCGCGACUAUAUUUAAGCUGGAAUUUCUUUUUAAGCGGGUACGUAUUAACAAGGUUUUACUGUAUAUGGCGGAACAGUACUUCUCACAAAAUUAUAUAGUAACGUAAUAUCCCUGAAAGUGAUUAACUUAAUACGGCUCCUGAACUACCUGUAUUCGUUUGGGUUACGUGUUAAGUACAGAAGCUUGUAGAAAAUGUGACUGUUCUAUUUAUCAUUUUUUACGUAGCUCUUGUGCCUUUCUGCCAAAGUGGCAUAUUCUCAUUGCUUGUGACAUCAUCAGUAUUGAGCCAGUUCUGUUAUAGGAAGGAGUAAUUGCCUGAAGCAUUAAGAUGAUAGGCUUGAAUGAACUGCUGCCGUUGUGUGUAUGCCAUGUAUUGUUUUUGAGAAUGUUUCUUCCUAAAACACUUUAAAGUUUGUUUACCAACACUUACCAGAGGGCUGUUGUAGGCCUGCACUGCUGUGGAAGGCAAGAGCUUACCAAAUGAAAAAUGUGGUCGAUAAAAUUUUUGGAAGCAAGCUACACAAAUUGUGGAGAAUUAUGGAUAAGUCGAUCGUACUGCAUCUUAAAAGGGGACUCCCUUAACAUGGCCUGUACAUACAUGGGAUAUAGUGAUAGGGAACAGGGUGGCAUAGGUUAGUUACUGGGCAUUUUGUAAUGGUUAAUGGUUGUUUGCUAAUUUUCCAACAGACCUUUUUCUGUGUGCACUUCAACCAGGGCAUUAUACAUACCAGUCGUUUUCAAAACAUUUGCGACUGUUUCACAAAGUUCUGGGUUGUGCAGUCUACGGGCAGAUGUUGCAAUAAAAGCAUUCACUUGUGCCAA